GUUCCUCAGCUGAGCCUAAAGAGGCAGGUGAGAGACAGCGACAAGUGUGCUAGAAGAACUACACUUCCCAGAGCACACUGCGGCAAGACUCGCCUCCCUCGCGCCGGCGUUCGGCUUAAAAGUCUCGGCGGCCUGCAGGGAGCAUCGUGCUGUAUUCGGAAGGUUAGCAUUCGAGCUGCGAAUGUGGAGAGGGCAGGGUUCGUGAGCGCCCCCUUGCCUGCCGCUGGCCAUGAUAGUGUUUGUCAGGUUCAACUCCAGCCAUGGUUUCCCAGUGGAGGUUGAUUCAGACACCAGCAUCUUCCAGCUCAAGGAGGUGGUUGCUAAGCGACAGGGAGUUCUAGCUGACCAGUUGCAUGUGAUUUUCGCAGGGAAGGAGCUCAGGAAUGACUUGACACUGCAGAGCUGUGACCUGCCCCAGCAAAGCAUUGUCCAUGUUGUUCAGAAUUCACAGAAAAGGGAUCAAGAAGGGAUUCAAACUGAAAGGGGAAACGUCCGUGGUAUUCUAAUGAGAAAUGAAAAGGAAGCAACAAGUCUUACCCGUGUGGAUUUCAAUACCAACCUUCUGCCUUCUAACUCAGCUGGUCUUGCUGUUAUUUUAGAGACCGGGGACAACAGCAUUACUCCUCCGUCUGACAAUUCAGGUGCUUCCAGGUACAACAGUUUUUAUGUUUUUUGCAAAGAUUUCUGCCAAGCUGUGAAACCAGGAAAGCUUCGGGUCCGUUGCAGCACAUGCAAGCAAGGGACGCUGACUCUAUCCAGGGGUCCUUCUUGCUGGGAAGAUGUUCUAAUUCCAAACAGAAUAACUGGUAUCUGUCAGUCCCAAAACUGCAGUGGAGAAGUAGCGGAAUUCUACUUUAAAUGUGGAGCACACCCUACCUCUGACAGUGAGACAUCUGUGGCACUGAACCUCAUUACAACAAAUAGUCGGUGCAUCUCAUGUAUAACCUGUACAGAUGUUCGGAGCCCUGUCUUAGUGUUCCCGUGUAUUCAUCGCCAUGUCAUUUGCCUGGACUGUUUUCACUUGUACUGUGUGACUAUGCUGAAUGAUCGCCAGUUUGUCCAUGAUCCUGUCCUUGGCUACACCCUCUCAUGUGUGGCUGGCUGUCCAGAUUCCCUGAUUAAAGAGCUGCAUCAUUUCAGAAUUCUGGGCGAGGAGCAGUACAAUCGUUACCAACGCUAUGGCACUGAAGAGUACGUUUUGCAAAUGGGUGGUGUCCUGUGUCCCACCCCAGGAUGUGGUGCUGGCCUGCUUCCUGAGCCAGAAGUGAGAAGAAUAGUCUGUGAGCCAAGCAAUGGACUGGGCUGUGGGUUCGUGUUCUGUCGUGAAUGUAAAGAAGAAUACCAUGAAGGGGAAUGUCUCACUUUUUGCGAAACUCAAGGAGCCAUAGCUCAAAAGGGAUAUGAAGUUGAUGAGCAUGCAGCCCUUCAGGCUCGAUGGGAAGAGGCAUCCAAAGAGACAAUCAAAAGAACAACCAAACCAUGCCCUCGCUGCCAUGUUCCUGUAGAAAAGGAUGGUGGGUGCAUGCACAUGAAGUGUCCUCGACCUCAGUGCAGAUUUGAAUGGUGCUGGAACUGUAGCCUUGAGUGGAACAGAACUUGCAUGGGAGAUCACUGGUUUGAUUGAGAACAAAAUAAACCUGUGCAUGGCGGAACCUCAUGCAACCAAAUGCUGGUAUUACAGAAUGUAGAAGCACAAAUACUGCGACGUCCGCCAGGAUCAAAUCCUGAACUCUGUAGUCAGUGUGUGUGAUUUUUUUGUUGUUGUUGUUAACGAAGAGCUCUUCAAUCACUUGUAUAUCAGAUAAACAGAAUCAGAAUCAGAUGAUUCUUCUCCUUCCUAACCAGAUUUUGGAGAAGUCAUGUUUUGGAUCACACAACUCCCUGGACCUACCAUGGCCAGUAGGUUCUGGAAGUUGUAAUAUUAAAAAGAAAAAAAGAAAAAA